GGGAAUCCCCGUUUACUUCCUUGAUGACAAGAGGAGUACUUUACUCCUUGUGGAUUUUGGCUGCCUGUGGCUACUUGUUGAGUGACAAGGGCUGUAUAAGAUAGAGAGUUGGUGUUAGCUUAAUCACUAAGAAACUGUAUGGCCUGACCACAUUUUCUUCUGCCAGUAAUGGCUCAACCAGAGACAGUUACCAGGGAAACCUACGUGAGAAAGUUACCAUAUUCUGUAAUUAAUGAACUGAGCCGUAUCUUAGAUCCGACAGACCAGUGGAAAAUUGUUGCCGAUAAUCUCUGCUAUCCACCAGAUUACACAGAGCGAAGAUAUAGUUAUCGGGACAUUCUGGUCAUUAAUGAGGUGCGGAAACAUGGUGAUAGUUGCACCAGUGCCCUGCUGCAAGACUGGGGAACUCUCAAUAGUACCACUGGUGCCCUCGUCAAUGUACUUGUCAAAUGCAGGCGAUAUGUAGCAUCAGAUUAUUUAUGCAAAGACAUUUUAAAAGUCGAUGCGAGCCCUCGUCUCCCUGGUGAUGAAGCCGGUGAAGAAACAGAAAUGCUCAAUCAAUUGCUGCUGACUGAUAGUACAUAUACCAACCAGUCGUCGUCAGGUGGCCCCUCGGAAGGAGAUGACCCAAAUCCAGAUGCUGACCUGAAUCUACCAGAAAAUCCCACCCACCAGAGAUCUUUGCCAUCCACUCAUGAGACCAGAUAUACUGUGUUCCCCUUCAAGGAAAUAGAAGAAGUCACGAACCGCUUCAAUGAAAAACCAAGAAACCAGGGGGGAAACUUCAUUGGGAAAGGAGGCUUUGGGACAGUAUUUUAUGGGAUAAUCCAGCCGUCUGGUGAAGAAGUGGCCGUGAAACGGUUAAACAAUAUUGCGACCGUUGAGAAACAGUUUGAGACAGAAAUCAAAACGAUGCUCAGAUUUCACCAUGAAAACAUCCUCAUGAUCAAAGGGUUUUCAUCAGAUGGUCCGAACUUCUGCAUCCUGUAUGAAUUCAUGAAACAGGGGUCACUUGAGGACAGACUUGCUUGCUUGGAUGGGACGCCAGCCCUGACCGUCAUGCAGCGUGUUGAGAUCGCCAAGGGGACGAUGAGUGGUAUCGUGUACCUCCAUACAGCAUUUGAUCAACCAAUGGUGCACAGAGAUAUUAAAAGUGCCAAUAUUCUACUCGACACUAAUCUCGAGGCUAAAGUUGGUGAUUUCGGUUUUGCACGUGUCGGUGGUCAUGGCAAUAAGACCAGUACUAUAGUGGUGACUGAUAAUGUGAUAGGGACGGGCGCCUACAUGGCACCAGAGGCGGUGCAGAUGAGAGAUGUGUCGGUGAAGCUCGAUACGUACAGUUAUGGUGUGAUAUUGUUAGAGUUAUUAUCUGGUCUUCGUGCUUACGAUGCCAAUCGUAAGGAAUCAUUACUGCGGUACCACAUCUUUGAUAACGAUGAAGACUUCCCACCUAUGAAGUGGGCGGACCAGUCAGCGGGAACGUGGACUGAGCAUCUUGUUGAGCAGAUCUACAACAUCGCGGAGAGGUGCCUCGAGUUGGAGAAGAAGAAACGACCAGCCAUGGUUGAUAUUCUGCCAGAUAUAAAGAAGCUGUUAUUGCCUGAUGAAUGAGGUUGCUAUAGCAACAGCCCAAAGAGUGUCGGAACACCAUCCACAUGGUUUUACCUGCUCGGGGAGAACACGGAGUUGUUUAAACUUAAUUUACCGAAUCAUAGUCGGGGGUGAUGGAUGAAGGUUAAUGAUUGUUUCAAGCUCAGCCUUAGUUAGGACUGUCAUUAGUGCUAUCAACUUCAGCCACAAUUGUAAAUGGGUGCAGGACGAGAAAUCCAUUUCACAUGUUCGGCCUCUGUUGUGAUGUGCUAGACUCGGGAAACUCAUCAGCGAGCUCAUCCAAGUGGUCUUUCAGGAAUGUGAUCACCUCUGAUGUGUCCUGUAUGAUGUGCUAGACUCGGGAAACUCAUCAGCGAGCUCAUCCAAGUGGUCUUUCAGGAAUGUGAUCACCUCUGAUGUGUCCUGUAUGAUGUGCUAGACUCGGGGAAACUCAUCAGCGAGCUCAUCCAAGCGGUCUUUCCAGGAAUGUGAUCACCUCUGAUGUGUCCUGAGUCAAGUUGUUAAUCAGCUAAAUUGUAUACGUAAUUAGUGGAUUUUUAUUAGAAAUGAAAUAAAUGAUUAGGAAAUAACA